AUGGAAGUCUCAGCGCGAAGGGAGAACGUACCGGACGCUGUACCCACUGCAAAGUUUCUACAAGCCCGCAUUACGGCACUAUCGACCACCCUGAUCAAACGACUAGAGAAUAUCUUCGCCGUUGCACUUGAUGGCACGAGCGUAGGCACUAUACCACCGGCCUCUGCAGGUGUUCCACCACCCUCCCUCACAGACACGGCAGUACAAGAAUUCCAACUAGACAUUGAGUCCGCGGCGGUUAUUCGGGCGGCUGAGGAGAUUAUGGUAUUGACCAGGACAAUGAAAGAAAUCUGGUUGUUUGGUGGACUAGACACUCUUGAAAAGGAUCAUGAAAAUGACAAUAACCCGCAAAACGAAGCCACAAAACGAAAAGUGGAGGAGGACACCAGGGUCGUUGAGGAAGGAUUCAAGAAAUUCCUGGAGAAGUACGAAACGACGAUAGACUGGGAUGACCAGAAAACAAAGACAUAG